AUGGCGACAGCGACGACGCCCAACUCGCACCGCCAGGCCACUCAGUCGCACAACAGCCGCACACACAGCGUGCGCACCGUCUCGUGCGCCCAGCUCGCGCCAGACAGUCGACCCCCAGCCCCGCCCUUCGUCGAACAGCAACUCCGAUUCGUGCAGGCGCUCGGCGGCGGAGCGAACGACGUGGGACCGACGUCUGUGCCAAUGCAGACCUCACGCAUCGAUGGCAGGACGGUAGUGGCGGCAGCAGCAGCGGCGGCGGCAGAGUCCCGCAAACGAGCAGCUGUCGAGCAGGACGACACUCGCUCGCCUGAUGCGGGAGACAAGCGACAGGCAAAGCGGUCUCGCGGUCCGAACCCUCUGGCGGCACUCUCGGUGAAUGCGGCGACGGGAGGUGUGGAGAAAGGGGCGACGGACGGCACGAAGCGCAAGUCGCGCAAGACGUACGCCGGCGCAGAGAAGGAGAAGCUCCAGCACGAGUCGCAGCAGUGGCGCGCCAAGUACCGCAAGGCGUUCCCGUCGUUCACCUUCUACUUUGACGCGAUCGACGACUCGACAAAGGCGUCCCUCAGCGCCGCCGUCAAGAAGCUCGGAGCGUCGGUCGACAAUUUCUUCUCGAAAAAGGUGACCCACGUCGUCACCUCCCGCCCUCUCCCCUCGACCUCCGGCAAGGAGAACGACGGUGCGUCGGCGUCAAAAGCGAGCACAUCGGCCUCCGCAUCGACGAGUCGCUCCAAGAAGUCGUCUGCGCGGAGUCCAAAGACGUACGAGCUUCCGAACGGACAAAAGUUGUGGCCCCUCGCCAACGCAACCGACCACGACAAGAACCCGUUCAUCGACUCGCAGGACAUCCUGUCCAAGGCGCUCGACUUUGGCCUGAAAGUCUGGGCGAGCGAGAAGCUCCAGCUCAUCAUCGACCGCAUCAACCAUGCCUCGCCGAACAAGGACAAAGCCUCCCUUUCGCGCGACCCGUCCCUCCCAACCCUUCUGCGCGACGAACAGCUCUACGGCACACGAGAGCGCGACCCGCUCGUCGCCCGCGCGGAUAUGCACUACUUCCCCUCGACCAAAUCGUACCUCCUCGUCGAAGACUCGACGGGCGAACACCGUCCCAUCGUCGUGAAGGAGUACGAGCGGCCGAGGAAGAACGAGGUCCCGAGUUGGCCGGUCCUUUGGGGUGGGAUUGAGGGUCGCACGGGGUUCUAUCACUACGACGGACCGGAAAUCACGUACGAAAGGAGGGUCCCGCCUCGGCCUGCUCCUCCACCCGCUGCGACGAGCGGAAAGGCCGGCGGGUUCGGCUCGACUGCUGCGCGUGCCGUCGCUCCGAACCUUCGCCGCACCGUCUCGCUCCAGAACGUCGCGCGCGGACAACAAGCGGCCUACGGCUACCCAGGGUACGAGCCCGCUGGUCGCCGCGACUCGUACAUCGCCGCGUCCGGAAACAGCCAGAUCAUCACGUCCAACAUCCAGUCUGCGACGUCGACGGCUGCGAGGUCCGGCGCUGCGCAGGCCAAUCGCUUUGGGAAUCCCUACGUCGACAAGCGGCUCGCGGUCUUGUCGAACCGCACCGUCUCGGUCGCGGGCGGCAGUAUCCUCGGCAGCGGGUCGACGGCUGGUGGGAGCGGCGGCGUCGCGAGCGGUAGCGCAGCAGGGAGCGGCGGACGCCUCGCCGCCCUCAAGCGCAGCGAGCGACCUGGCGCUCUCAAGCGCAGCCUCUCCGUCGACGGCCACCUCGCGCGCGUCCCGAACCCUCCAGUGCGCGACGAGCCGAAGAAGGCAGGGUACUGCGAGAACUGCCGCAUCAAGUACGACUGCUUCAGGGAGCACGUUCGCAGUUCGAAGCAUCGCCGGUUCGCGCUCAACCCGAAGAACUGGGCGGACCUCGACAGGUUGCUCGAGCGGAUCGCACGCAAACCCCUUGAGGCGGGCGAGUGGGACCGCGGCGAGGAUGGCGCGUCGAGCGAAUUGGCAGCCGACGAGGGGGAGUACGAGGAUUCGGGCUACUUCGACGCUAGCCUCCUUGCCGGCGAUGCGGAGGACUGCGAGGACGACUCGGCACAGGACGAGGGCGACGAGGACGAGGUCAUGGACGAGGGAGAAGAGGAGGACGAGAGCUCGAAGCCGCUCGAGGCUCAGGUUCUCGCGCAGGCCGUGCGCGCCUAG